CCGGAAGUAUGGUACAAUCGAAAUAAUUCACCGUUGUGUUACAGCGGACAGUGCGCUCUCCGUUCGUAUCAAGGCCAUUUUCACACUUAUUCACCACCUGAAGUGUAAACAUGUCUACUGAAAAGUGUUUCGCCAAAGGAAGUACUGCACCCGGUCCAGUCCCCGACGGCCACAUCAGACUUUACAGCAUGAGAUUCUGCCCCUUCGCACAGAGGACCAGAUUAGUGCUGAAUGCCAAAGGGAUCAAGCAUGACACAAUCAAUAUCAAUCUGAAAGACAAACCUGACUGGUUCCUUGAGAGGAAUCCCCUUGGUCUUGUCCCAACACUGGAGACACCUGCUGGUGAGGUGAUUUAUGAGUCUCCCAUCACCUGUGAAUACCUGGAUGAAGUUUACCCUGAGAAGAAGCUGCUUCCUUCCUCUCCUUUUGGUAAAGCUCAACAGAAGAUGAUGCUGGAGCAUUUUUCCAAGAUAACACCAUACUUUUACAAGAUCCCAACGGGGAGAAAGAAUGGUGAGGAUGUCUCAGGACUGGAAGCUGAACUGAAAGAGAAGUUUGCCAAAUUAAAUGAGGACUUAGUUAAUAAGAAGACCAAGUUCUUUGGUGGUGAUUCCAUCACAAUGAUUGACUACAUGAUGUGGCCGUGGUUUGAGAGGCUGGAGAUCUUUGAACUGAAACACUGCCUUGACAGCACACCUGAGCUGAAGAAGUGGACAGAGCGCAUGUUGGAGGACCCGGCUGUCAAAGCCUCCAUGCACAGUGUGGACACCUACAAGGCCUUCUACAAGACUUAUGUCGAGGGGAAACCCAACUAUGACUACGGCCUAUAAGUGAUCAAAACCUUAAACUGUUAAAUUUUUUGUUUUUGGUCAUGAUUAUUCUGUAGUCAAUCUGAUUUUCAAACUUUGAUGUAAUAGGAAAAAAUACAGCAGCAAAUACCAUGAUGAGUUAACAUUUACGGGAUACAGUGAGAAGAGGGUAAUGGUGUUUUAAUUGUUUAAAACUUAUUGUUUUUUUUAAUACUUAUUUGGGGGAAAAUAUGAAAUCACCAUAAUGGGAAUGAGGUACAGUGAAGUAAAUAUAACGCAAGGUGUUUUCAGUGAUCCAUUUCAAAGUGUGGCACUUUUUCUGAUAAUGUGGAUGUAAUGACUCUGGCCUGAAUCUGAAUUUCCUGUCUGUGUUACAAUAAACUACAUUAUGUUUCCCCACCCUAA